AUGCUCAGGCAAUCGAGCGCUGCGUGGCGCACCGUCGGCGCAACGAGGUGCCCGCGAACUCAGACACCCCCUUCGCCGACGACACACACCCCACACCUCCGCGGCGGGCUCGGGCACAACCGUCCAGGGCGCUGGCCAGAACCGGCACUGCACUGUCACGCCGGACAGAGCCGCGCAGCUGAUCGUCGCUCCCGCUGCCUCGACAGGCGUCGCGAGCUGCGUCAAGUUGCGAUGGGACGGGGCCGGCGCCAGCAGGGCCCGGGGCGGGAGAAGGGCAGCUUCGGGUACGGCGAUGCCGACGACGACGACAACACCAUGCGGUCACAGGACCGCAGCGAGCACUUCGCGGGGGGCCGCGGCGGCACGGGCGGGCGCGGCGGGGGAGGCACCGCUGGCAAGGCCGCUCGAGCGGGUCCCGAGUUCGUCCGCACGGUUCCGAAGUUCCUUCAGGCCCACGCAGACAUGCUGAAGAAGCCCGCGGACGACAUGGCCGGGACGCUGAUCGACGCAGCAAGGGAGCACGACGAGCGCGUCGCGGCGCGCGGCGUCGACGAGGCGCGGGAGCUCGCUGAGACGGCGGAGGAGCGCGAGGAGCGGGAGGUGCUCGAGCGGGCGAUGGCCGAGGCGGGGGAGGAGCUGGGCGAGGAGAUGGCCGCGGAGCUGGAGAAGAAGAAGGGGACGGAGGCGUUCAAGAAGGGGCGGUACCGGGAGGCGGUACAGCACUUCACCAAAUGCAUCUCCCUCAGGCCGCGCGACGAAGUGCUGUUCUCGAACAGGUCGGCCGCGUACUGCGCGCUGCAGGAGUACGACGCGGCGCUCGAGGACGCGCGGAAGUGCGUGCAGCUGCAGCCCCUGUGGGCCAAGGCCCACUCCCGCGUGGGCGCGGCGUUGCACGGGCUCGAGGACUUCGACGCCGCGGUCGAGGCGUACAGCAAGGGCCUGGACGUCGAGCCGGACAACAAGGCGCUCGAGGGCGCGAUCGAGAAGGCGCUGCGGGCCAAGGAGCGGCAGGCGGCGGGGGGCGCGGGGCCCAAGUUCCGCGCAAAGCGACCGCGGGUGGCCGAGGGCGGCGCGGGCGCGGGGGAGAAGAAGAAGGCGAAGGCGCGGGCCGCGGCGGGCGCCCUAUCCUUCGAGGACGAGGAGGUGUGA